UGGAACAUCGAACCAGUUAAGUUUGCUAUUGUGACUAAAAAUGGUGCGAAAUUUGAAGACUUAGACAUAGAAGGUUUGUUAGCAGUCAAAGAAAAUUUUGACAGAAGGUUUUCAAACCUUAAAGAAGGCAAAGCAUACAAACUUGUUAUACCUUAUGAACCAAAGAAAGCAGACGACUAUGAAUAUUAUGAGUCUAAGAUAGUUGAAGUUCAAGGUAAAUUGGGUAAAAAGAUUUUAGAGUCUAAGCCAGUGUUUGCUCCUAAAGAGGAAGAGAACAUUGACAUUGACCCAGAAAUGUUCUAA